CCAUGGCUUCCUCCCAGCUCCAAUUCAAUAUAGUUGUGCGUUCGUCAAUUCAAUCAUUUGAAUUUUCAACGACCCCAAUUCCUAUAAGAAUGGCCACCGCCGGAGAGAAUCUCUUACAUCCACCAGAUUUCUGAGUCUAAUCACAUAGAGAUAAACAAAUGGCUCUGUCAGGGGUGGCCAGAGCAACGGUGAAAGUGGCGGCGAUUUGCGGAUCCCUUCGGAAAGGAUCGUACAACAGAGGCCUCAUUCGAUCUGCCAUGGAGUUAAGCAGGGGAGACAUUGAAGGCGUUGAAAUCGAGGAAGUUGACAUUGCUUCUCUGCCGAUGCUCAACACGGAUCUGGAAAAACAGGGGACCUUCCCCGCUGAAGUCGAAGCUUUCCGCCGGAAAAUUCUCGAAGCCGAUAGCAUUUUGUUCGCUUCUCCGGAGUAUAACUUCUCCGUCACAGCACCACUGAAGAACGCAAUGGACUGGGGAUCGAGGCCACCGAACGUGUGGGGAGGCAAAGCAGCAGGCAUAGUGAGUGCAGGAGGGCUGCUAGGAGGAGCCAGAGGCCAAUUCCAUCUUCGCCAGAUUGGAAUAUACAUUGAUCUUCACUUCCUCAACAAGCCUGAGUUCUUCCUUAAUGCCUUUGAACCUCCUAUUAAGUUCAAUCCUGAUAAUGGCGACUUGAUUGAUGAUGAUGCCAGGCUCAGAUUGAAGCAACUCCUUCUCUCCCUCAAGGAUUUCUCCCUCCAACUUCAACCCAAAUCUUCAUUCCUUAUACAUUGAUUAUUGAUCACUCAUUUUGGCUUUUUAACUUUGAGAGUUGUGUCUCCCAAGUAAUUAGGGCCAUUCCCAUUCUUGUAUGUUAUCAGUUUGUUUGUACCUUCUGAAUAUUUCUUGCUAGGCAAUAUAGAGUUUGGGUUAAUCUGCUUCCAUGGCAUGGGUUGGGUCUGGGUCUGGGUUCUUUGACAAAUUCAAACAGUUGAGUCUAUUCAUGAUUUAUUCUUUUGAUUUUAUAUUUUUAUUAAUAUCUAUUUAUUUA